AUGCCGCAGGCGCAGUGGACCGAGCAGGGCGCGGGGCGGUCGCUCCGGCUGCUGGCCUCAGACCAGGGCAGUCCGACGCGGCCAGCGCUUCCCCCCGCGCUCUACAGCGAGGUGGUGGCGCCGUUCCUCCGGUUCGACACCGCCGUGCCCGAUCAGCUCUACGCCGUCGGAGGCAGGAACGAUCGCCAGGAGCCGCUCGACACCGUGGAGAUGUUCGACACGUGGCACGGGCGGUGGGAGGAGUGCCCGAGCAUGUCCACCAAGAGAGCUGGCUGCGCUGCGGCGGCCCUGCCCGACGGGCGCCUGAUGGUGUCGGGCGGCUACGACGAGAGGGGGAUCGUCCUGGGGCUGCUGGCCAACAGUGAGGUGUUCGACCCUGCCAAGCAGGAGUGGACCCCCACCGCGAUGCAGCUCCAGCGGCCCCGGUGGGGCCACGGCAGCGCGAUGCUGGCCGGGAAGGUCUACGCUGUCGGGGGCUGCGCCCUUAGGAAUGGCACGCCGCUGGGCGACGACGUCAUGGAGACGCUCCGCGACUGCGAGGUGUACGACAUCGAAGAGCAGACCUGGUCUACCAUCGCCAGCCUCAACGUCGGACGGGCUGGCGGCCGGCUGGUCGUCAUGGAUGCCCAUCGCCUCGCAGUGGUCGGCGGCUGCGACGACGUGUUUGGGCGGGGCGAGAUGCUGGCCAGCGUGGAGGUGUACGACACGAGGACCGGCGCCUGGACGAUGCUGCGGGAGCAGCUGUCGGUGCCCAGGACCACGCACGCGGCCGCGGCCCUGGACGAGCACCGGAUCAUAGUCGCGGGCGGAGCCCCGUCUCUGUCUUCCGUGGAAAUCUUCGACGUUCCCAGCACCAGCAAGGGCGACGAGGCGGCGGCAACCCAGCAGUCAUCGUCCAGCCGCGGAAGCUACAAGGACCUGGGCGACAUGGCCGAGGGCCGCAUGGGAUGCCAGGCGGUGCUCAUGAAGCUGCCCGCGGACGGGAAGAGUUAUCCGCUCUGCACGAGGCCCUGCGUGGUGGUCGUGGGCGGCGAGAACGGCGAGGAGGACUUGGACGACGAGCAGGCAACUGCCCGGCAGUUCGACAGCGUCCUCGUCUACGACCUUGAGGAGAGCCACUGGAGGCCCGAACGGUCCUUCCCGCCGAUCCCGACUCCCCGCACGGCGAUGACGCUGUGCGUGGCGUCCGGGCAGGCGCAGUGGACCGAGCAGGGCGCGGGGCGGUCGCUCCGGCUGCUGGCCUCAGACCAGGGCAGUCCGACGCGGCCAGCGCUUCCCCCCGCGCUCUACAGCGAGGUGGUGGCGCCGUUCCUCCGGUUCGACACCGCCGUGCCCGAUCAGCUCUACGCCGUCGGAGGCAGGAACGAUCGCCAGGAGCCGCUCGACACCGUGGAGAUGUUCGACACGUGGCACGGGCGGUGGGAGGAGUGCCCGAGCAUGUCCACCAAGAGAGCUGGCUGCGCUGCGGCGGCCCUGCCCGACGGGCGCCUGAUGGUGUCGGGCGGCUACGACGAGAGGGGGAUCGUCCUGGGGCUGCUGGCCAGCAGUGAGGUGUUCGACCCUGCCAAGCAGGAGUGGACCCCCACCGCGAUGCAGCUCCAGCGGCCCCGGUGGGGCCACGGCAGCGCGAUGCUGGCCGGGAAGGUCUACGCUGUCGGGGGUUGUGCCCUCAGGAAUGGCACGCCGCUGGGCGACGACGUCAUGGAGACGCUCCGCGACUGCGAGGUGUACGACAUCGAGGAGCAGACCUGGUCUACCAUCGCCAGCCUCAACGUCGGACGGGCUGGCGGCCGGCUGGUCGUCCUGGAUGCCCACCGCCUCGCAGUGGUCGGCGGCUGCGACGACGUGUUCGGGCGGGGCGAGAUGCUGGCCAGCGUGGAGGUGUACGACACGAGAACCGGCGCCUGGACAAUGCUGCGGGAGCAGCUGUCGGUGCCCAGGACCACGCACGCGGCCGCGGCCCUGGACGAGCACCGGAUCAUAGUCGCGGGCGGAGCCCCGUCUCUGUCUUCCGUGGAAAUCUUCGACGUUCCCAGCACCAGCAAGGGCGACGAGGCGGCGGCAACCCAGCAGUCAUCGUCCAGCCGCGGAAGCUACAAGGACCUGGGCGACAUGGCCGAGGGCCGCAUGGGAUGCCAGGCGGUGCUCAUGAAGCUGCCCGCGGACGGGAAGGAUUUCCCGCUCUGCACGAGGCCCUGCGUGGUGGUCGUGGGCGGCGAGAACGGCGAGGAGGACUUGGACGACGAGCAGGCGACUGCCCGGCAGUUCGACAGCGUCCUCGUCUACGACCUUGAGGAGAGCCACUGGAGGCCCGAACGGUCCUUCCCGCCGAUCCCGACGCCCCGCACGGCGAUGACGCUGUGCGUGGCGUCUGGCAAG